GCGGCCCUGCCGCGAAGAAUAUGGCGUCUGUGAAAACUUGCGGAAAUUGGAGAUCACCGGAGUGUCCUGUCGAGACGUUUAUGCCAAGCGUAUAAACCCACGAGUGAAGUCGGGGCGUUUUAUGAAAAUCCUUCCCGACUACGAGCACAUGGAGUACAGAGAUGUUUACACCUGCCUGCUGCACCGAUACCGACACAUCCUGGGAUUAUGGCAGCCGGACAUCGGGCCCUAUGGGGGACUGCUGAACGUGGUGGUAGAUGGUUUGUUCAUCAUCGGGUGGAUGUACUUGCCACCUCAUGACCCUCAUGUUGAUGAUCCCAUGAGAUUCAAACCCCUCUUCAGGAUUCAUCUCAUGGAGAGGAAAUGUGCAACAGUUGAGUGUAUGUAUGGUCAUAAGGGACCUCAUAACGGCCAUAUCCAGAUUGUAAAGAAGGAUGAGUUCUCCACAAAAUGCAACCAGACAGAUCACCAUCGGAUGUCAGGUGGAAGGCAAGAGGAAUUCCGGACAUGGCUAAGGGAAGAAUGGGGUCGGACCCUGGAAGACAUCUUCCAUGAACACAUGCAAGAGCUCAUCUUGAUGAAGUUCAUCUACACCAGCCAAUAUGACAACUGCUUGACAUACCGACGCAUCUACCUCCCUCCUAGCAGCCCUGAUGACCUUAUAAAGCCAGGUCUUUUCAAAGGAACGUAUGGGAGCCAUGGGCUGGAGAUUGUCAUGUUGAGCUUUCAUGGAAAGAAAGCGAAGGGGACUAAAAUCACCGGAGAUCCCAACAUCCCAGCUGGGCAGCAGACUGUGGAGAUCGACCUGGCGCAUCCUCUGCAGCUACCUGACAUCGAGAACCUUCGCGAUUUCAGUGAGCUCUCUCGCAUCGUCCUGGAGGUCCAGGAGCAGGUGCGUCGGGAGGAGCAGGAGCAGGAACACCAGCAGGAGGAAGAGGACUGCUCCCAGCAGGCUGCCUCCCAGCCUGCUGCGAAGCCCCUGGGAGGAGAAGGUGCCGAAGGGGAAGAGACUGCAGCUGGGGCGGCGGGGACGACCCAGGACAAGGCACCAGCUUCCCAGCCCUUCGUGCUGCCCAUGGGAGUCAUAUCGAGGAAUGAAGACUAUCCCCGGACCUGCCGAAUUUGUUUUUAUGGGACGGGGCUUAUUGCUGGCCACGGCUUCACCAGCCCCGAGCGAACGCCAGGUGUUUUUGUUCUCUUCGAUGACGAUCGCUUUGGAUUCAUCUGGCUGGAGCUGAAGUCCUUCAGUCUCUACAGCCGGAUCAAGGUCUCCUUCCAGAACGCCGAAGCGCCUUCCCGUGAGGCUUUUGAUGAAAUGCUGAAGAACAUUCAGUCGCUGGCUACUUGACGGGUGAUUGGUGAUGGACAGGGCUAGGGGUUGCAAAGGCUGCUGCACUCCCCAGCCAGGGCUGGGAUGGGGAUUCCUCGCUCUCGGUACCUCUGAAUAAAAGCAUGCACUUUUAAUAAAGCCUUUUUACCCCAAAUGUACACAUCCCGGUUAAAAUACCCAUGAUUGCCCUUUCCUCCCUGCCACCCUACGCUGCUCCCUAGCAGUCCUUGUUCCCAGUCUGUAACAUAGCUUUGUAUAGCCAAAGGGAUCCUGCAGAGGAGGAAAUAGACCUUUCUUAUUGCAAAAAGAAUGUAUUGGAACAAAAAUAACUCGAGGUCAGAGCUGGAUCAGAAGAACAUCUAAUUGACUGGAUGGACACAAGCCCUCUGCUCUGACCAUUAGCAGUCUCCUGUGGAAAGAGCUCUUCUUCAGGGAGGGGACUCAUUUAAGCCUUUGCUGCACUCUAGGCCGAUCUAUCCUCCUGGGAGAUUUGCUUUACCCUCCUGAAAACCUGUGCGGUCCACCGCUGCAGACUGGCUGGCUGCAUAAUGAUAAAUUGCGUCAGCAGUGACGAAGCACGUCCUCCUCUCCAGAAACCUUUCUCUGGGUACAGCGUUGUCAAGAGGGGCUGGUGUAAUACCUGCAUCCUUGGCUUAGUAAUUGGAGUGGCUGGGUUUCUUUUUAAAAAUUCCCCCAGCUUGGCAGCAAGGGGAGGAUUCCCACUGUAAAUGACAGUGUGCGUAGUGUUGCCCUGGCUUCUGGAGCUUAGUGGAUGUGCUGUCCCUGGGACUCCAGGUCUGGGUGUCUCCCUGAGCGUAGAGGAGAUGAUGAUUCUUUAUUAUAGGAGCUGAGUACGGAACUGGAAAUGAGUGUAAACUGCAGAAGCUGGUGCUUUCAGAACUGGUUUUGUACCUGAAAGGUUCACCUCAGAUCUUUUAAAAUGGGCCUGAAACUGUAAAGGAAGGAGAAAAAAGAAAACUAACUGUGAAAUAAAUCCAAAUGCAGCCUACUGACUCCUGUCUGUGAUGGGCAGCAGAAGGUGCCAUGUGUUGCUGAUACUAAUGUGACCCUAGUUAGGUGUCAUUCUUGUAUCAGGUUGCCCUACGCAGUCUGAAGGAGCGACAAGGGUUUCUCCUAAUAUUGCUGUGGCUUGUUCUGGCGCCUUUUACGGUUGGUGCUGACAGGUGGGUGCUGCUGCUCCACUCGCAGGACCCUUCUGUUCCCUUUCUAGUCACACUUGUUUCAUCCCAGAUGAUUGCUGCUUCCUCAGAAAGCUCCUGGGCUUAAUUUCUUCCCAUGAUACCUGUGUUCUGGCAGAUCUGAGCUCUACUGGGAAGUGUGGGCUGCAGGCGAGGAAGCAGAUUCCCCAUAGAUUGUCUUAUGCAGGAAAAUCCUGGCCAGUGCUAAUCUACAGACUGUGAGUUGUGCUAUAAACCAUCAGCAUUUGCAUCAGCGCGUGUUAUUAAUCCUGUGUAGGAAGAGAUGAUAGGGACCCCUGUGUGGAGAGAAGAGAGCUGUUUGUAAGGAAGCUCUUAGUUACAGGCAAAAUACAUCCUUUGUUGCAGUUGCUCUCUGGCUGUGAUGAUAAACUCCAGGUUUCUCCUCUUCCCGUUACCAGCCGGAUCAGUGUCUUGACAAAACUCUGCCUUUACAUCUUGUUCAGGUUUUGGUUUGUAAAUGUGUCCGUACGUGUGUUGUGCUGGGAGGAUUCAGGCCCCUUCUGUGGAGAAGUUUCAGUCACUGCCUAGUUUCACUGACUGCGAGCAGCUUUUAUUCUCACUUUCACAAGGGCUUUUUGCCAUUUCUGGCUCUUGAGCGUUCCCUCAAGCUGCGUGAGAACCGAGCCUCCAGCAGAGGCUUUGAGCGGAAGGUCACGUCACUCACAAGAUUAAUUCCUGUCUCUUUGGAUAUAGUUUUACAAACCUCUGGGAAUUUGAAGGUGAUUUGGGGCACUUUUUUCUUUGUUUCCUACUGCUUUGUCAGUAGUGGAAAACCUGCCUCAGUGUUAGAGGUGAGGAUCUGAAGUGCUGUUAACCGUUGUAGUGAAUAAGCUAUAAAAAGUAGGUUGUUUCUGAGCAGCCUGUUAGAGAGAGGUGUUCCUGUCGGCAUCAGCAGAGGGAAGAGUUGACUUGGAUCUCACCCCAUCACGCAGGGCUGGGAGGGAGGAAGGGUGGCAGUUCUCUGAGCCUUGGUGUGUGGGCAGAGAGGUGAGCUGAAGCUAAAAUGGGGCAUCUCGGCCUUCUGCUGCAGGUGCCGAGCUGUGUGCAGAAGGAGAGCAUGUGCUUAAUCUUGCAGACAGGUUUCCAGCUAGAUGAUGCAGAUUUCUGGGAUACCUGAAGCUGUUAGGAGUCUGUUCACCAUUUGGGUGGCCAGUUUCUCUUGGAGCUCGCUGUUAGGCUGGUGCAGCCAGUACGUUGGCUGCUUUGUGUUCUCCCUAACAGCCUAAAGGGGUGAGAGAGGUCCCCUUGGGCAGCUGUUUCAAUCGUUUAUCCUUAAAACCAGCACUGCUUCAGCUGCGAGUGGAUCCAUAGUUCCGAUUGUAAAUUCCUCCUUCCUUCAGUGUCCCCGCUCACCCGAAAAAAUAAAAAUCCUGAAGUUUUAUGUAACUGACUUAAUAGUUUUUGCUUUUUGUUUUUAAAGUAAGAUUGAAAAUGCAGACUAUUGAAUGCACUACAAGCACUUGGCCUGAGACCCGAGUCACGGUUUCAUAAGUACAGGCGUUGACUCUGUAGCCGGUCUUCUCCCUGCGACCUGCUGUGUUGGGUUGGCUGAGUGUGUAAAGGCAGUGUAGGUAUGUUCCACUGCUGUGUCAUAAAAUCUUUUUAGUAGUUGUUACCUGCAGCUUAAAUUCCCCUGGAUGUCCGGAGUCUGCCGGGGAGUGCAAACCCCUGGAUAGCAGAUGGCCGGAGUGUUUUGCUCGCUGCUGAAUACAGGUCUGCUUUGUCACCUGGGCGAGGACCUGUUGGUUGGCUGUUGGCACAGGUUGUGCAUCAGCUGUUCUCCAGGCUAAGAUGGUUCUUCUGCUUGUAGCUUGUCCCUUCUGAACCUUUUCAGUGGCAGUGUUAAGGGUCUGCCUUCCGAAGGCGAGACCUGCUUGGCUGGCUGGAGAGAAGGGCUUUGCAGAGGCUUGAUGCCCUGCAGGAACUUUGCACAGCUCAGCUUUGCCCCUGUAGUAGCAUCUCUUUAUUUAUAGUGUACCUGCUUGGCCUCAAAAUGUCAGAAUGUGCUAGUCCUCAUUAAAGGCAAAACUGCUGAUACACCGUGGCAUUCUGUCUAGAGCAAAGGCAAUGAAAAUAGCAAAUUUUGUAUUAAUACUCCUCCUCUGCCUUCUCUUCCCACCUUCUGUUCCUCAAAGCCUGGCAGGCUUUUGUGGCAUUUCAGAAGAAAACUCCCUCUGAUUUGGCUUUGGGUGAGGAAAGCUGUCAAGACGGCGAAUUUGGAGAGACUGGCAUAAAUGCUCUGGGUGCUCCUGCGUCUUUGCUGGUUCCUUUGUGCAUGGCUACAUCAGUGCUUUCAGGGAAAAGCAGAAUAACACAAUGAGGAGUUACAACCUGCAGCUCUGAAAACUUUGGGAGAGGGGAAGGAACAAGAGGAGUGCGGCCAGACUCAGUGGCAGGCAUUUUGGAUCUGAGCAUCGUCUGUGGCCGAGGGGGAUGCCACGGCAGCCCUGGUCCAGCCUUCCCUCGUGGUACCUGUGGGAAGCAGUGCUAACAGUACAGUAUUUUGCUGUACUUGUUCAUGUUUGGUACGGGCUGUACCACCUCCCUGUGCAUACCCUGUUUGUUUCCUGAACCCUAGUUGUCCAGCUUGUUGGGAUAUUUCUGUGAGCUGUUGACAGGGAUAAUGUGUGGUGGUGCCUUGCAGAUGGGGAUAAGUUUCUGGUGCUGACGUGUCCUCGUCCUGUUCGGUCUGUAGAAAAUCUUGGGGACAAUUAUUGGGCUUUAUUUCUUGAUCCCGGAUGGGUGGAAAGUGCUGGGGAAGACGGAAAACAACUUGUCAGGGGUAGGAAUACUCUCUUGGCAGAAGCCUUUUGGGAUAAAAAAAGCGCUUGCAAUUAGGCUGCAGAGCAGCGUUGCCCCAAUAGCCACAGCAGGACCUAGGGCUUAAUUGUAGCUCAGGAGCAAUAAGCAAGUGACUGGCUUACGUGCUCGGGCUGUGUUGUGCUCCUAGAUCAUGCUUUCUCUGUUGUCAAAACACAUGGGUUUGGCCAGCUGGAAAACAGAAGCAUCAAAGAUCCUCAUCCAGCCAGUUUGUUUGCCUUGGGCCUGAUUUCGUAGCUGUAAAUGUGCUGUGAUCAGGCGUUGUGGUUGUAGGAGACUCACUGCAGUCCACAUGGACUUGUCAGGCUUUUUUUUUUUUUUUUAUUGAGGAGGAGGAGGGAAAAGGAUGGAAUUACUCGUAACUUCGGCUGUCAGCUUCCCUCUGGAGUGAACGGUGCAGUACUGCCGCGGCUACUCUGGAAUGGGACAGCAGAGGUCGGAUGGCAGUUAGUUAGGAAACUUGUACUGGGGAGAAAGCAAAUCGUGCAAGCUUGCUUGGAGGUGUAAGCUACCAGGAAAAAACUAAAGUGCAGCUGGCUCAAUGUUUACUUUUAAACAAGGAUGACUUUUUAUUGCUUUUUAUUAAUUUAAAACUAGUGGAAUUUAAUGGGAGUGUUGAGUGUUGUGUGGAAAUGGGUUGUAUAAUCUCAACUUGCUAGUUUAGGAAACGAUAGUAUAUUAACUCUGUCUUGUAGCUGGUUGCUCACGUGGCCAAUAAUCUUCUGUUGUGUUCAGCUGCCAAAGGAUUGCGUGCUGGCCUUUGCGCUGCAGGCCAGAUGGACAGCAUAACUUACCAGUUGGACAGCGAAAUAUUUGAGAUGUGUGAUCAGGCGGUGGAGUGGAAGAUAAGUUACCAAACUGUGAGUGCCACUGACCUUUUUUUCUUUCCUUUUUUUUUUUUUUUGUGUGUGUGUGCACUGAAUUAAAAUGUAUGGUUCUGGUUUUUGUUUGGAUUGCAGUCUUUUUAAUUUCUGAGGAAAAGAGCACUUGGAUCAACCGUGUUCAUUAGCUUAAUUAAAGCAAUCUGCACUUUUUUUUCAUUGAUUAAGACUCCUACUUCCCCUAAGCAGGUGUACCCUGUUUCCAUGUGUAUUUUGCACUCACCAAUUUAACAUGACACCGAUGGAUUUAUCUGGGCAUCUCCAGCAGGCUUUGAGUGUAAAUAAGUCUCUAUAAAGUACCCCGUGGUACUUACUAAAAAUGAAGGCGAAACACCAGAUCCCUGCUUCAUCCAGAGGGUAGUGCAGAGGGAAAAGGUGAGCUUUUCUUUCUAAAAUGCCAUUUGACAUCAAACACCUCGGUUUCAUGCCACAAACACCCCGUGUGGAACAUAACUGUAGUUUAAACAACUCGCCUGCCCGGUCUGCUCCCCUGUCCGAGGGGUGGGGUUUUGCCUGUCCUUUUGUUUGGGGGUUUGAGAGGAACGGGCUGUCUGAAAACCAGACGUGACUUUGCAACACUUGGCCUACUUCAUCCCAGGUAUCAAAAAGCUGAGCAAAACAUGUGCGUUACUUUUACACCCGAUCAUUGUUACCCAAGGAGCCUUUUCCAGUUUCAAAUAAUAAAAAGGAAAGUUUUGUGAACUUA